UUCUCUCUCUCUCUCUCCUCUCUCUCUCUCUCCUCUCUUUCUCUCUCCUCUCUCUCUCUGUCUCUCUCCUCAGAUGGAUGAGUUGUAACUGUUACAGCUAUAGUAACAGUAUGGUCCUAGACAGUAUCAACACAGCCACCAACCCUCUCAAGAUGAGUCUAAUGGACGUCUCCAAGAUCUUCUCUCUGCUUCAGCCCAAGGAAGAGGAUGAGGAGGACAAUGAGCAUGGCCAGGCUCUGAACCAGGCAGUGAGCAGUGAUGACGUGGUGCUGGUAGCUGAGCUGUUGUCCCAGGAGAGCUACAGAACGUGUAUCAACAGCAGAAGCGGCUGGGGCAUCCCUGUUACCCCCCUACGGACCGCCGCAGCACACGGACACCUGAGGUGUCUGGAACUCCUGCUGGAGCACGGAGCGGAGGUGGACAGUCUUGAUGUGAAGGCCCAGACCCCUCUGUUUACAGCGGUCAGUGGUAAACACCUGGACUGUGUUGUGGUCUUACUAAAGGCUGGAGCCGACCCCAACGGCAGCCCGUACAACAACUGUUCCCCGGUGCUGACCGCCGCCCGCGAGGGAGACGUGGAGGUCCUCAGGGAGCUGCUUCAGUUCGGAGCCGAGGUCGACGUCUGGCCCAAAGUCCCUGAGUGGGCCUCCAACGCCACAGCCUGCAGGGGACCCCUGUACAUAUCCGCUGUAUAUGGACACCUGGACUGUUUUAAGCUGCUACUGCUCCACGGGGCUAAUCCUAACUAUAACUGUAAGUCAGAGAAGAUGCUGGCCAGGAUCAAGCAGCCCAAGACGGUGCUGGAGAUGUGUCUCAGGUAUGGCUGUGGAGUGGAAUACAUACAGCUGCUCAUAGACUUUGGGGCAGACGUGUAUCUGCCCACGCUGAUUAUUGACAAGACCACCAAGCAGAACGAAGCGGUGGUGCUGCUGCUCAAGGAGAGAGUUUGUCCCAAUACUCUGAUGUCACUGACACGGCUUGCAAUUCGGAGAUACCUCCCCAUGGUUAAUAAAAUGACGUCCAUAGACCGCUUGGACAUUCCCCAGAUACUGAGGAACUACCUGAAACAUCUCACCUGACCUCUCUCUCCUGACCUCUGAACUCUGCAUGAAGAUGAUGUCACAAAUGGAUACGCUAUUUGGCUGUGUCUCAAUAGUCUACAGUGGAUUCCUCUGCUUCAUCUCCACUGUUCUGAAAACACAUGUUAGGUGAAAGCAAUAUGGAGGAUGAUUUAUGCAAAACUUUCAAAAAAAGUGCAACAAUUUCAUACCGUCCUCUUCUGUCUCUACUGAGUGCAUCAUGGGCUGUAAUGUCCAGUUUGUUCUGUUUCUGUUGUAGGUGUGAAUAAUAAUUAUGCCAAGUUUGCCUUUGAAUAGCUGUAGAGGUUGAAUUAGAAUAAACAUAUUUAUUUAA